GGCAACGUUGUCAUCGUUUGGACGAUACCAAGGUUGUCACGGGAUAUACAUCGUCGUUUUAUUUACAGAUCGAAAAAUUAUGAAUUUAUCGAUCUAUUAUUGGACCAUUGCGGGGUAGUGUUAUACGCAUGCGCGGCGAACAUGUUUAGACGCGUUGACGAUCAAAUCACCGCCAUUUUGAAUUCGCGAAUGCCGACAGGUUGCAGAAAGUAUCGUCGUCCUAAUAAUUACAGGAAUUUCUUCGGCAGAGGACGUGACAAAGACAAUCGAGGGUUCGUAUCCCUUGAAGGUCAGAAGAAAAGUCUUUUCAGUUCUAAAGAGACUCUUCGUGCAUAUACUAAUCUACGAGGCAUCGAUUAAUUUUCUUUCAGACAAUGCUUGUGUUCUCGUCAAAAAGUUUAAAUCUACUACAAUUUCAACCUAUAACUUAAUACUACAUCAUUUUUGACCAAUGUACUAUGGAUCAAUCUUUCUUAAUUUCGAUGGCCUACAAUGCGAACGAGUGUUUUGGAGCCAUGCAGAACUUCUUAAGUAAUAUCAAUGAUCGCAUCGAACGUCAAUAUGGAAACCAUAAUGGAUGUGUGCAUGUUUUUUUUGCCGAGUGUUGCCAUAGCAGAGGGUUAUUAUACUAUGUACAGCAACAAUGAAAAAGUAAAAAUGAUUUUGGAACACAUCAAGUAUGACUGGAGUAUAUUUGCUGCUGGAAGAGAAAGGGGAAUUAUGCAGGAGCACGCAGAGGAAAGCAAAAUGUUCACUGUAAUUUUAGCCGCUGUUCACUAUCUCUCGAUGUAUUCUCUGAUAUUUCUUUCAAUGGCUCCUGCACUUUUGGAUUUCGUUGUACCAUUAAACGAAACCAGACCACGCGAAUUACCCAUCCCUGCAGUUUUCUUCUUCGAUCAUGAAAAAUAUUUUUUUUACAUGAUCUUGAUAGCCUUCUUCGUAUCAACGGUGGUCGGUACAAUAUCAAUGGCAUUUUAUCCAUUGAUUUUGAUUUGCAUGAAGCACGUCUGUGGAUUAUUUCAAAUUGCAGGAUAUUUAUUCGAGAAUAUUAUAAACGAGGAGGAUGACGAAUGUCACGUUUACGAUACCGAACAAUUAUAUGCUAAAGUGAUUCGUGGUGUGAAAUGUCACAAAAGAGCGAUAAAUUUCGCCAAUCUCGUGAAUUCAUAUUACGAAUGGGCUUUAUUAGUUCAAGUUUUAUUAACCUUCAUUAUACUCGCCAUUGAAAUUUAUGCUAUUCUAACUUUGGACAUGGCCGAGCAAAAUUUCGACGAAAUUGUUACCUACGUGUUUUACGUUAUUGCGGUUAUGAUUUUCGUGUUCUUCACCGGUCAUAUCGGUCAAUUGGUGAUCGAUUGCAGUGCUGACGUUUUCAACAAAGCAUAUGCGACGCCAUGGUACACGUUGCCAAUUAAAACACGAAAAUUAUUUUAUCUUGUAAUGAUGAGAAGUAUAAAACCGUGUUACAUUUCUGUUGGAAACGUUCAGUUUCUCUCGUAUGAACUUCUCAUGUUGGCUUUACAAAAAUCGGCUUCUUACGCAAUGGUCAUAAAAUCCAUGAAAUGAAUGAUUUGAAAGUUAUCUUGAAUAUUUAACAAAUACGAUGUUAUGUCGAUAGUUGUGAAUAGAAGAAGAGGAAAUAAAAUGGAAGAAAAGAAAAGAAAAAAAAAAAAAAAAGAAAUAAUCAAACUAAAACCAAAACCAAAAAGCAAAAACUAGGCCGAGGUUUUUGAUUAAAAUUCACAUUUCUUUUUUUUUUUUCUUUUUUUUUUUUUCUCCUUUAAACUUCAUCUCUCCUUUAACUUCUCAUAUAUUGAAUGAACUUACGACAUGAACACUUGGAGACUUUUGACAAACAUCUUUUCUCGAAUAAUAAAAAUUUC